GCAUUCCUGAGCCUUUAGCGUUUCGUUAGAGAACUGUUGAUCCUUCUCUACUCUCUCUCUCUCUCUCUUCGGCACGCCAUCAAUGCUAAGGUUCCGUAUCAUACUCACCAAGAUGUAAUCUUGAACUAUCAUCAAUCAAUAAAGCUAUGUAUAAAUAUAUAUAUUAUUGGUAAAAGCUAUAUAUAUAAUUCGUCGACAAGAAAAAAAGAAAAAGGUUUUGGGUGUGUUUGAUCGAUUUGGUUUGUGGGUUUUUGUGGGUAUAAAUUGGAUUCAACAAUGGCCGCUGGAGAAGAGAAGAGUAGCGAUUUCUAUGCUGUUCUGGGUUUGAAAAAGGAAUGCACUGCCACAGAGCUCAGGAAUGCUUAUAAGAAUCUUGCACUGAGAUGGCACCCAGAUCGUUGUUCAGCGUCAGGGAGCUCCAAGUUCAUCGAAGAAUCCAAGAAGAAAUUUCAGGCUAUUCAAGAAGCCUAUUCUGUUCUUUCGGAUGCGAACAAAAGGUUUAUGUACGACGUUGGAUUCUACGACUGUGAUGAUGACGAAAAUGGUAUGGGUGAUUUUCUGAAUGAAAUGGCAGUUAUGAUGAGCCAAAACAAGUCUAAUGAAAAUGGGGAGACCUUCGAGGAAUUGCAGGAGCUGUUUGAGGAAAUGUUUCAGAGCGAUUUGGAUGCAUUUGGUUCCACGUCUCAGACUCUGAACCCUUCAUCAUGUUCAUCGUCUACAUACGCUUCUUGCAGCGGGACCUCUAAUGCCAACAACAAGCGUAAUUCCUUUGAAAUGAACUCGGGAAACACCAAGAGCGAAAGCUCUUCUGGCUUUGAUGCACACUUUGAGGGAUUUUGUUUAGGGACAGGCGGAGCAUCAGGAAAAUCCCAGGAGGGGGAAAGGAGCCGGAGGAGGAAUUGCAAGAGUCGGAAAUAGGAGGCGUGGCAGGAAACAGAAGGUUUAAUCUGGCCACGACGUCUCCUCCUCUAAUGACUAUUCUAGUAUUUCUUCUUGAAGGUACAAUACCUAGCUCUCACCGAUUGAUGCAAGUCUGCACGUGUCUUUUCCAAGCCUCUGACAUGUUGAUCGACACUUCACAAUUGACUUAGAUGAAGAUAUACGCACAAACAAACUGGCAAAAGGCCAACUCAUUAGCCAGAUUUUCAGAUCAUCUUGAUCGUUGAAGAAACCACAUUGAUCGAUUAGCAUUAGAUGGAUUGAGUUCAAAUAGUUCUUAGGAAGGGGGUGUCCAUGUUAGGGUUCAUCAGUUGUCCUUCCAUCUUUGAUGGCUGUGACACUCAUUUAAUUAUCAUUUGUAUUAGUUUUGCUUUUUUAAAUAUGCUCUCUUUAAAUGGUUGUGGAAAUCGACGUUUCUUUUCUUCCUCAAUAUUUUCAUUUCUUUAUUCAAUCAAAAAGGAGGAUUAUUUUCUA